UUGAGAGACCUUCGUCUCUCCCUUCAUUUCCCAGACAACAUGAAUGAAUUGCAGACUACUUCCUUACCCAUUUAUUCGUCAGUUACUCCUCCCUAACUAAUUAACAAGCUAAUAAGCUAUUACAAUAAUAAAUGGUAAACUAGAGCCUAUCAAAUUGACAUAGGACAAGCUUGUUUUGCUGUCUAGUCUUUUAGAUCUUGCAGCAUACAUUUUCUCGUAGGUGUGCUAUGUGCACCGUUACUCUUCCUUAAUUGUAAAGGGCAGGCAAGUUUUGCUAUUUUUCAUUUUUCAAACAUGCUAUUUUUGCUCUUAGUAAACAUUAACUCUCAUGCUGUCAUGUUUGUCAUUCUUUUGGAACAUUCAAUUGCAAACUGUAAUGCUCAAUCGCAUUUUUUAUAUUACUUUUCACAAUUGCAAAUUCUCUUUACAGCUUAAUUAUUUAUAAUCUCACUGAUAUGAUCACAUGGCCCGAUAACACAUUCACGUUCUCUUUUACAAUUGGAACUGGAGAGAAAAUCUUCUGAAGACCAUAAGCUUUGAGCCAGUUUAACAUCUCAUUCAUAUAAUGAUUAAGCUCUUUGAUUCUCAUUGUCACCUUCAAGAUCCAAGAAUUUUGAAAGUUGCCCCCAAACUAAUUACAAAGUCCCUUGAUACUGGUGUUAUCCAUUUUGCUGUAAAUGGAGUCUCGGAAAACGAUUGGCAUCUGGUCAAGGAGAUGAGUGAUACCUAUCCUUGUGUUGUUCCAAACUUUGGGAUCCAUCCCUGGUAUGUCUCUGAUAGAACUGAAAAUUGGCUAAACACUUUGAAGAAGUUCCUUGAAGCUACUCCUUCAGCUGCAAUUGGAGAGAUUGGUCUGGACAAAGGUUCUAUUGGAAGGAAAAUUGAUUUUACUGCUCAAGUUGAAAUUUUCCGAGAACAGCUUCAACUUGCCAAAGAAUUAAAAAGACCAGCAUCUGUUCAUUGUGUCCGCGCUUUUGGUGAUCUUCUUGAGAUAAUGAAAUCUAUGGGGCCAUUUCCUGCUGGCUUGGUUCUGCAUUCUUAUAUGGGUUCUGCAGAGAUGGUUCCUGAGCUUUCAAAAGCUGGUGCUUACUUCUCCUUUUCUGGGUUUCUCAUGUCCAUGAAAGAGAGCAAGGCGAAGAAAAUGUUGAAAUCCAUUCCUCCUGAAAGGAUUUUGUUGGAGACAGAUGCGCCAGAUGCUCUACCAAAAGCAAGUGAAUCAGAUUCUCUAUUCUUGAUUGGUAGGGAAGUUUCUGUUACUGAAGAGCUUCUUGAUUAUGAUGAAAAUUCGUCAACGAAAAAGGAGAGCACCUCUGAUAAUACGUCCCAUGAUGAAAGUGGUGCAUCAGAACUGCCUGAAGAAAACCUCAACCAUCCAGCUAAUAUCCAUCACGUACUUGCCUACGUAGCAAAUUUACUUGAAAUGACUAAAGAAGAACUUGCUGACAUGACCUACCGGAACGCAGUAAGGCUAUUCUCUUAUGAGGGUUCAAAGUUACUUCAAGAAGCUAUGCACAGCCAUGGUAUGAGGUAUGAAUCUAGCAAUCAAAAAUAAUAAGCCAAUGUGAUGAACGAGAAAGAUCUGCACAACCCCAUAACUAUGAGCUUCAAUUGUUCACAUCACGAAAAGGUUUAGUAAACUCUUUUCUUCGAACUUGAUGUGAAGUCAGAUGUUGUUUGCCUGCAGUUGUAUAGCAUGGUUUAACUGUAUGUAUAACAGUUACAUAAUGAUGCUCAUGUAUUUUUUAGGCCUAAAUAAACCUUUUUGCGAAAAUGAUCGUGUGUUCGCUUAUAUACC